GUUUUCUACUAAUUACGUUACUCAUUUCCAUUCAUGAAUCAUCAUGGACAAAAGCAACAUACUCUCAUAUUCCUAGAAGAACAUUAUUAUGUCUUAAUUUGAACUCAAAACCUUGCAAGUCAGCUACUUUACAUACUCUGCAAAUUAAAGCUUCCAUACAUGCAAACCUUGAAUCUUGGGACACUGUCGAAGAAUCUCACUUCUAUCUUAAAUUCUGCUUUCACUCACAACUUUUUCUGCAUUGCUUCACUAUGUGGAAAUCCCAUGCUUCCACCACCCAAUCAUCUUCUUCACUUCUCCACACUAGUACCUUCCCGCUGCCGCUCUCUCUUAGCAACUUGCGAAUCCAUGGAUCAGCUCAAACAAAUUCACGCAUUUUUGAUCCGUAACUGCCUCUCCAGUGACCCCGUCGUCUGCUCCAAGAUCAUUGCUUUUUGUUGCACCCACGGUUCAGGUGAUAUGAGGUAUGCCCUUCACUUGUUUGAAACAAUGCUUGAACCGAAUGUAUUUGUUUGGAACACGAUGAUCAAGGGCUAUUCACGAUUAGGGAGUCCCGAGGGAAACGGGGUUUCUUUGUAUUCAGAGAUGUUAAGGAACAAUGUGAAGCCGGAUAAUUAUACGUUCCCCUUCUUGCUCAAGGGGUUUACACCUGACAUUGCAAUGGCGCUGGGAAAAGGAGUGCAUGCUCAUGUAUGUAAAUUCGGGUUCGAAUUCAAUGAAUUCGUUCAGCAUUCCUUGAUACACAUGUAUUUUAUGUGUGGGGAAAUCAAUAUGGCUCGUGGCGUAUUCGAUGGCAGUGCUAAAACUGAUGUGCUAAUUUGGAAUGUCAUGAUAUCCGGGUUCAACAAAAACAACAAGUUUGAGGAAUCAAGGAGACUUUUUGUUGAAAUGGAGGAGAAACAGAUAAUGCCCACUGCUGUUACUCUUAUUUCAUUGCUCUCUGCUUUCUCAGAGCUGAAGGAUUUAGAAGCUGGCAAGCGUGUACACCAGUAUGUGAAGGACUGCAAUGUUAUUGAAUCUGAUUUAUUAAUACUGAAUAAUGCUUUGAUAGAUAUGUAUGCAGGUUCCGGUGAAAUGGAAGCAGCGCUUGGGGUAUUUCGGAGGAUGAAGCACAGAGAUGUUAUAUCCUGGACUUCAAUUGUGAAAGGCUUCUUGAAUUCUGGACGGUUGGAUCUAGCUAGAACAUAUUUUGACAAGAUGCCAGAGAAGGACUCGGUUUCUUGGACAGCAAUGAUUGAUGGGUACAUCAAAGAAAACCGAUUUAAGGAUGUCCUGAUGCUCUUCCGCGAAAUGCAAGAAGCUGCAGAUGUGAAACCAGAUGAGUUUACCAUGGUUAGUGUCCUCACAGCCUGUGCCCAUCUUGGGGCACUUGAGCUUGGAGAUUGGGUGAAGGCCUACAUUGACAAGAACAGGAUAAAAGUUGAUCUUCAUCUGGGGAAUGCAGUGAUAGACAUGUACUUCAAAUGUGGAAACGUCGAAAAAGCAGUAGCAAUGUUCAAUCAUAUGCAUAAAAGGGACAAGUUCACUUGGACAGCCAUGAUUCUUGGGCUUGCUGUCAAUGGGCAUGGGCGCGAAGCUCUACGCUUCUUCUCCCAGAUGUUGAGGGCUUCAGAAACACCAGAUGCUGUAACUUACAUUGGCCUUCUCUGUGCUUGUACCCAUACUGGCAUGGUGGAACAAGGAAGAAAAUUCUUCACCAAUAUGACUGCCUUGCAUAGCAUUGAGCCUAAUGUAACACACUAUGGCUGUUUGGUUGAUCUUCUAGGCCGAGCUGGGCGCUUAACUGAAGCUCAUGAGGUCAUAAAAACCAUGCCUAUGGAACCAAAUUCAGUUGUCUGGGGAGCUCUUCUUGCUGCUUGUAGGGUUCACAAAGACAUCGAAAUGGCAGAAAUGGCAGCCACCCAACUUCUCCAGCUAGAGCCCGAGAAUGGAGGUGUUUAUGUCCUGUUGUGCAACAUAUAUGCAGCCUGCAAGAAAUGGGAAAACUUGGGCCAGAUAAGAAGAACAAUGAUGGAUAAGGGGAUCAAGAAAACACCAGGCUGCAGCCUGAUAGAGAUGAAUGGCGUCGUCCAUGAAUUCGUGGCGGGUGAUCAGUCACACCCUCAAUCUGCACAGAUCUAUUCAAAGAUGGAGGAAGUGGUUGGGGAUUUGAAGCUUGCCGGCUAUGUUCCCGACACGUCGGAGGUUUCUCUGGACGUUGGAGAAGAGGAGAAAGAGAAGUCAGUUUCCAGGCAUAGUGAGAAGUUGGCUAUUGCAUUUGCACUGAUGAGUUCAGGGCCUGGAUUCACUAUCCGGGUAGUGAAGAACCUGCGUAUGUGCAUAGAUUGCCAUCAAGUAGCAAAGUUGAUUUCAAGAAUUUAUGGCAGGAAACUUAUAGUAAGAGAUAAAACUCGAUUCCACCAUUUCAUGGACGGCUCUUGCUCUUGUAAAGACUACUGGUAACUUGAAAGAUCCCUUUUUAAGUGGUACCUGAACGAUGAUUAAUAAA